UUUGAUUUUCUCGUUUCUAAAAAACUAUCUUAAAGCAGUAAUACUUUAUAUUACCACUUGAAUAAAAUCUGAUUAAUGAUGAUGAUGCGUAACAGUGUCAACAUCAAUAUCCCCAUGCAUUAUCAUAUUAAAUUUUAGAUUAAGGGAAAAAAAGAAAUAAAGAAAUAAUGCAAAGGGUCGAAAUUAGUGGGCACAUGCAUGGGAGAUAUCCAGUGGGGUGGGAUGUUAUUAUAAUAAUAGCGUAAGGUCAAGAGGCAAAGAGCCUUGGGCAGUUGCCAAAGGGCCAAACCACUGCUGUGCUUAUAAUAUAUAAUUUUAUUUAUUUGAAUACAAGACCCCUCCUUAUAACUAUUUUUCUAAUAAUUGAAGAUCCCUCCCUUCUUCUGCAAUUCAAAUAUCAACAUUGGAAAAUCCUCAAGAUUCUGAAUGAUAUGAUAUGAUCUCAGCGGGUGGUGGUGCUGAUAUAUUUAUCUAUUCUUUCCAAUCUGUUCAUAUCUUUUGAGUAUCUCUUCCCCCACAUUUAUAUUCAUUCCCACAUUCCUCAUCACCAACACCAAACACCUAAACAUUUCUGUUCUUCUUCUUCUGCCUUUCUCAUCAUCAUCACUUCUCAUUCUUCUUCCCGCAACAACUACUACUCAUCAAUUGAUCAAAUUGGUGUAUACAAUGGGUGGAGGAGUGGCCACAGAGACACAUGAGUUUCAUGUACUAGCAGUUGAUGACAGCAUCAUAGACAGAAAGUUGAUUGAGAGACUCCUCAAGACUUCUUCAUAUCAAGUUACUGCUGUGGAUUCUGGAAUGAAGGCAUUAGAAUUUCUUGGAUUGCUUGAUGAUGAUGAAAACACAAAUUCAAACUCCCAUCAUCAUAAAGUAGAAGUGAAUUUGAUCAUCACAGAUUACUGCAUGCCAGCAAUCACCGGUUACGAUCUCCUGAGAAAGAUCAAGGAAUCAAGAUUGUUUAAGGACAUCCCAGUUGUGAUAAUGUCGUCAGAAAAUGUGCCAUCAAGAAUCAACAGCUGCAUGGAGCAAGGGGCAGAAGAGUUCUUCCUGAAGCCAGUUCAGCAAUCUGAUGUCAAUAAACUUAGGCCCCACUUGAUGAGAGGAAGAAAGAGCAGCCAAAAUCAUGCUCACAAUCACAAGAGAAAGCCUGUGGAAGAAUGCCUUUCACCUGACAGGACAAGAACAAGAUACAACAAUCAUCAUGACUUGGAAUUAUAGUACAGUGAAAAUUAAUUUCUUGAAAUUUCAGUUACAUUUUUUCCUCUUUUUUUUUUUUUAGGGUUUUUAGUCAUGGUACUGAUUUUUAUAGGAUGGUGGAAUCAUAUAUUACUGAAUUUAUAGAGUAGAUAAGUCCGUAUCACUCGCCUCCGGUGUAAAUUUCAUUUAGAUCAAAAAGAGAAAUUAAAAGGGUCGUUUUCCAUUUAGCCAUUAAUUUUGAUCUUUUAUUUGAGACUUCUCCAUAUAUUAGAGCUAUAUAUAAUAAAAUCUUUUCAGAAUGAUUUAAUCAAUUUUAA